AUGCGUGAAAUCGUUCACUUGCAGACUGGCCAAUGUGGCAACCAAAUCGGUGCUGCCUUCUGGUGCGAAAUCUCGGGAGAACAUGGUCUUGACGGCUCUGGAGUCUACAAUGGUACCUCGGACCUCCAACUUGAACGUAUGAACGUCUACUUCAACGAGGCAUCCGGAAACAAAUAUGUUCCACGUGCCGUCCUCGUCGAUCUCGAACCUGGAACCAUGGAUGCAGUCCGCGCUGGUCCAUUUGGUCAGCUUUUCCGCCCUGACAACUUUGUCUUUGGGCAAAGCGGUGCUGGAAACAACUGGGCAAAGGGUCACUACACCGAAGGUGCUGAACUUGUUGACCAAGUUCUCGAUGUCGUGCGACGUGAAGCCGAGAGCUGCGACUGCCUCCAAGGUUUUCAGAUCACCCACUCUCUCGGUGGUGGUACCGGUGCCGGUAUGGGUACUUUAUUGAUCUCCAAGAUCCGUGAGGAAUUCCCAGAUCGCAUGAUGGCUACCUUCUCCGUCGUCCCAUCCCCAAAGGUCUCGGACACUGUCGUCGAACCAUACAACGCCACUCUCUCCGUCCAUCAACUGGUUGAGAACUCGGACGAGACCUUCUGCAUUGACAACGAGGCUCUGUACGACAUUUGCAUGCGCACCUUGAAGCUAUCCAACCCUUCGUACGGUGACCUGAACCACCUUGUCUCUGCGGUCAUGUCGGGUGUCACCACAUGCCUGCGAUUCCCUGGUCAACUCAACUCUGACCUCCGAAAACUCGCUGUCAACAUGGUUCCUUUCCCUCGUCUCCACUUCUUCAUGGUCGGUUUCGCUCCUUUGACCAGCCGUGGUGCAUACUCGUUCCGCGCCGUGAGCGUGCCUGAACUUACCCAACAGAUGUUCGACCCCAAGAACAUGAUGGCUGCUUCCGACUUCAGAAACGGCCGCUACCUGACCUGUUCCGCUAUCUUCCGUGGCAAGGUCAGCAUGAAGGAGGUUGAGGACCAGAUGCGCAAUGUCCAGAGCAAGAACAACAGCUACUUUGUCGAAUGGAUCCCCAACAACGUCCAGACCGCUCUCUGCUCCAUCCCCCCUCGUGGCCUGAAGAUGUCCUCGACCUUCGUUGGUAACUCUACCUCUAUUCAAGAACUGUUCAAGCGUGUCGGUGACCAGUUCACUGCCAUGUUCCGACGAAAGGCUUUCUUGCAUUGGUACACUGGUGAGGGUAUGGAUGAGAUGGAAUUCACCGAAGCCGAAUCCAACAUGAACGACCUUGUCUCCGAAUACCAACAGUACCAAGACGCCAGCAUCUCGGAGGGCGAGGAAGAAUAUGGUGAGGAGGAAGCCCCCUUGGAAGAGGAGGUGUAA